AAUCUACAAUUUAUAUAAAUAUGCAACCAUUGGGUCAUUGAAGUAAUUGGAAUCCCAAAUAAUUAAUGAUGUUAGAAUCUACUUCCUUGGUCAGUCUAGAAAAUCUACAUUUUACUUCAACAUUAAUUGAUUGACUUGAAUAACGCAGUGAAGGAAGAGAAAUAUGAUCAGUUUACAGUGAGUGAGCUGAUAUAAUACUCAUCAUACUCGCAGUCAUAGUAUACCAUACAGUACAGACAGCUGAAUUGAUCUGCACGGUAUGGCUUCUCCUUCGACAUACAACGUCAACAGAAUGCCCGAUUUGAUCAGCAGUAGUGUCAACGUUGAAGUUGGCGAAGAAAGGAAGCCUUCACAGACAGUGUACAAUACAUCAGGCACAAUCUACCCAUUUUUGUCAGGACAUGGGCGAACUGGUUUGAGCUGGCUCAUAGGGGAGGUGAUGAAGCUUCUCCAAUUGUCUGAGGCAAAGAAAAUAAUGUCCUUUCUGGUGUUUUGUAGCCUGUCUACUGUGACUCUGCUAUAUUGGUGUCAUAGCACUAACAGUAUGGCUUUGACGGCUUUUUCCUUCGUCAUGAUAUUUGACAUUCUCAGUUUGUUGACAUGUUUGCUGACUGUGUGGGUGCAAGCACAACAGCCCACAAGUGCUUUUUCUUUUGGAUAUGAACGAUUUGAAGUCCUCGCUGUAUUUGCAUGCACAAUGCUGGCCCUGUUAGGAGCAUUUUUCAUCAUGAAGGAAAGUGUUGAAUCGUUGCUUUUCCCGCCUGAAGUUCAUACAGGACGCUUGUUGGUAGGCACCUGCUUUGGCUUGUUGGUUCACCUGUCUGUCGUGUACACAAUGAGGAACAGAGCGUUCAACCAUGUGAUUGAUGCUUCCAGUUCUAGCUGGCUGCAGGAACAUGUGUCCGACAUGAGUGAAAGCCUUUGCUCUGUUGUGCCUGGUUUGAGCAAGUUGCUGUUGCCAAGGAUUAACCCAUUUGCUCUCAUUGGGUUUGCCUGCAGCCUGGCUUUGAUGAUCACUUAUUUUCUUAUUGAUACUCACCAAUACUACGCCGCAGACCCAUGGGCCGCCAUAGCCAUCGCCUUCAUGACAUUUGGCACAAUGUUCCCCAUGAGUGCUUACACAGGGAAAAUCUUACUGCAGACAACGCCAUCACAUAUUUUGGGUCAGCUAGAUAAAGUGCUCAGAGAAGCAUCGACAUUGGAUGGAGUACUGGAAUUUAGGCAUGAGCAUUUCUGGACCCUUUCAUUUGGAAGUCUGGCUGGAUGUGUACAGGUUCGUGUGCGGCGAGAUGCAGAUGAACAGCUUGUCCUGGCGCACGUUUACAAUCGACUCAACAGUUUGGUCUCACGACUCACCAUCCAGAUUUUCAAGGACGACUGGUCCAGAUCUUCUACUUACACUGCCGGAGCACUGAGUGGACCAACUUUCCCUGGACCCAUAGGGUUUCAGGGCCCUCCCAGAGUUGCUUCACCUACUCAUUCUCAUUCUCAUGAUGCUCCAACUCCCCCAGUACUGCCUAGUUAUAGAUUGAAUCCUUCGUCUUAGUGUUACUUAUUUUCUUCUUGCACUCAGCUGUCCUAAGUUUCUUACUCUUAGAAAAGCAUAAAUCAUAUCAGUCAAGCCUUGGGUGAAUGAUCAUAUAAUUGUUGGUGGUGGAAGUCAGGUAACAUACCACUUAUUUUGUCUGCAUUAAAUGAAAGGGAGAGAACAAA